GAAAACUUUUAUAUCCCAUUUAAGCGGUAGACCGAACUCCAAUUCGUAUCCUUAAAGUAGUCAGUAAUAAUUUUUUGAAAAUGGCUUUAAACAAAUUAAGCAUUGAAAACUUGGAUUUGGCCGGUAAACGGGUAUUAAUGAGAGUUGAUUUCAAUGUUCCCAUUAAGGAUGGCAAAAUCACUAGCAACCAACGUAUCGUGGCUGCUUUGGACAGUGUUAAAUAUGCUUUCUCCAAAAAUGCCAAAUCCGUUGUGCUGAUGUCUCACUUGGGUCGUCCCGAUGGCAAUAAAAAUGCCAAAUAUACUUUGGCCCCAGUUGCCGAAGAAUUGAAGAAAUUGCUUGGUAAGGAUGUUACAUUCCUAAAUGAUUGUGUUGGCGCAGAAGUAGAAGAAAAAUGCAAAAACCCAGCUGAAGGCAGUGUUAUUUUGUUGGAAAAUUUGCGUUUCUACGUAGAGGAAGAAGGCAAGGGUGUUGAUGCCACCGGCGCUAAGGUCAAGGCAGACCCUGCCAAGGUUAAAGCUUUCCGUGAAAGUUUGGCUAAAUUGGGUGAUGUCUAUGUCAACGACGCUUUCGGCACAGCUCACCGUGCCCAUAGCUCCAUGAUGGGCGAAGGUUUCGAAAAGCGCGCUGCCGGUUUGUUGCUUAACAAGGAACUUAAAUAUUUCUCACAGGCUUUGGAUAACCCACCAAAUCCUUUCUUAGCUAUUUUGGGCGGAGCUAAAGUUGCUGAUAAGAUUCAAUUGAUUGAAAAUCUUUUGGACAAGGUCAACGAAAUGAUUAUUGGAGGUGGCAUGGCUUUCACUUUCUUGAAGGUUUUGAACAACAUGAAGAUUGGAUCCUCUUUGUUCGAUGAAGAAGGUUCCAAGAUCGUUCAAAACUUGGUUGAAAAAGCCAAGAAGAACAAUGUUCAACUUCAUUUGCCUGUCGACUUUGUUUGCGGUGACAAAUUCGCUGAAGACGCCGCUGUAAGUGAAGCUACUGUUGAAAGUGGAAUUCCCGAUGGUCAUAUGGGUUUGGAUGUAGGACCUAAAACUAGAGCAGCUUUUGCUGCUCCAAUUGCUCGUGCUAAACUUGUUGUUUGGAAUGGUCCCCCCGGUGUCUUUGAAUUCGCCAACUUUGCUAACGGCACUAAAUCCAUUAUGGAUGGUGUUGUAGCUGCCACCAAAUCUGGCUGCGUCUCAAUUAUCGGUGGCGGUGAUACCGCAUCGUGCUGUGCUAAAUGGAAUACCGAAUCUUUGGUAUCUCACGUCUCCACUGGUGGCGGCGCUUCUUUGGAAUUGUUGGAAGGCAAAACAUUGCCCGGUGUUGCUGCUUUGAGCAAUGCUUAAAUGCAAGAAAA